UAUGCUGUCAGUAGACAUAUGUCUACGGAGCGCAUAAAGUUUACCAACAUUCGACCGGGAAACAGCAGUUCUGUUUUUUGAAACAACAAAAGCAAGAAAGCGAUGGAACCCGAUGAGCUGGAAUUUAUUGGGGAAAACUCGACGAUUGGUGUGAUUCCAAAUUUCAAUCAUAACCCCAUUUACCUGAUUUCGGGUGUCAUUGGUCCAUUCCGAGGUGGAUAUCCACUGCAUAUUCCACUGUGGCUUGCAAUUCAUUUACGACAGCAGCAAAAAUGUCGCAUUGUUCCACCAGAAUGGAUGGACGUUACUCUGCUAGAGGAAAAGAAGGAAAAGGAGAAAAAAGAGAAGGAAACUUUUACCAAAAUGCCUAGCGACCAUUAUAUGGUAGAGGCUAAGCUUGUGCUGAAUACGGCUCCAGAAGACGUUCCACAGUCGGACGAGAUCAAAACUCUGAUUAAGGAUAUAUGGGAUACACGCUGCGCUAAGCUUCGAAAGACAAUGGACCUGUUUCUGAAAGGAGAUGGCGAGAGUGUCAAUAUGGAUAAUGUUACCAUUGUUGAGUUACACACAAUCCGACCGUUUCUGCCCCACGCGAUGGAUCUGUUAACACGAAUUCAAAAAACCAAGAAGGGACCACGCGCUAAUAUCACGUUGAGUAGUGAUAUUACUUUGAAGACCGGCCUAAGUGCCUCACACUCGAAACCUACAAAGUAACUAGUUAAAUGUUGCUCCUCAUAUAGACUGAGAAUAGAACAAUAAUCAUUCAUUAGGUUUUAAGGUAUUUGCUAAGGGUUUAACAUUUCACAUAUAAGGGCAAAGCGAAAUUUUUAUGUCUUCUAUAUACAUUGAUUACUGGUUUUGUUGGCACAAUCGUUGGAAAGAUUAAAGGCUCUGUGAAUUUGUUUUAUGCGA